UAAAUAUUACCGAUUUGAAAGUCCAAAUCAAGCGUAACAGUAUUUCUGUUGCAUAGAAUAUCAAAAUUUUAAAUAUUGUUUAAAGCCUUUGGCCUGUGAUUACGUUCUUGUUCACGUCGCGUGUAAAAUUUUAGCAGUGCAUUUUAAUAUAUUGGUCGGAGUUAAGAAAAGAAACGUGCUUAGGCCGGUACGGGAAAAAUGGUUAAAACGAAAAAGGGCAAGAAAGAGAUACUGACACCAGCAGAGAGUGGUUCAUCAGGCGACGAGCACAGCGAUGCAAAUCCUGAAAUGGACUCGGACAACGAUAAAGUGAGCAGCAACAAUAAAAAAAAUCAAAAGGCUAAGAAAAGCACAAAGAAAAGCCCAUUAGAAGGAAGCGAUGAGGCAGGUGAUGUGUCAAAGGCCGUUAAAAAAGUGGCUGCCAAAGGCAAGGGAAAAUCAAAAGCUCAGGUUAUUGACGAUGAAUCCUUUGAAGAGCCGGUGAAAAAUUCAGCAUUUGAUCUACUGGUCGAGGAUGAUGAUAAUGAUCAAGUCCCAGCAGACGAUGAUAAUGGAUCGGAAAGGGAAGAUGAGGCUGUAAAGCCUCAGAAGCAUGAAAAGAAAAGCAAAAAAUCAAAACGCAAAGGCAAGGACGAAGACGAUGCAUACCUUGACAAGAUGUUAGCUGAAUUGCAAGCUGAGUACGCUGGUGAAGCACCAACAGCAGCUCCGGAUGCAGAGAUCGAAGAACCUUCAAAAAAGACAAAGAAAAGUAAGAAACAGCAGCAACAAGCGGUAUCUGUCGAGGAGGCCAACGAGAAAGGAGACGAUGAUAAUGAACUUGAGUGUGACGGGUCAGAAAGUACUAUGAAAACGGCGGCUCAAAAGAAAAAGGAAAAAAAAGAGCGACAAAAACGUGAAGCUGCGCUUUCCAAGCAGCGUGCCUUUCAAGCGGAGGACAAGCAAAAGUCAGUACCAGUGGCAGUCUCAGAACCUGAACCUGAACAAGUCACAAAUGAGGAAAUUCAACCUGAUGUUGAUGGUGCUGAAGAAGUGGAUGAAAAUAGCAAGGCUGCCAAAAACAAAAAAAAGGGAAAGAAGGAAAAGAAAACUGAGGCCGAUGAGGAAAAAAAAGAUACAAAAAAGAAAGGCAUGUCGUCCGCUAUUGUUGCUGCAAUGCAGGAGCAGUUAAGAAAGCGUAAAGAGGAAGAGGAGCGUUUACAAAAAGCGGAGGAAGAGCGUAUGCGGCUGGAGGACGAACGCGAGGAGGCACGUCUAGAGGCUGUGCGAUUGGAAGCUGAAAAGAAAGAAAAGAAAAAGCAAAAGGAGGCUGAACGGAAAGCGCGACUAAAAGCUGAAGGAAAACUCCUCACUAAAAAGCAGAAAGAAGAUCGCGCCAGAGCACAGGCGCUAUUAGAUUCUUUAAAAGCACAAGGCUUGGAAAUACCAGAUCCCAGCGAUCGACGCGCUCCUAGACCAGGCACACGCAUUAGACCCAAUAAGAAAAAAAAUGCUAAGGAUGAAGCUGCUAGCGAGGAAGAUGCGCAACAGGCUGCAAAUGCUAAGUCAGAGAUAGAAAUAAAAGAGCAAACUUCUACAGAGGAAGUGGUUAAAGAAUCCUGGGACGCCAGUGACAGCGAUGGUGAGCCAGAUGAGGAAUCACAGGGGACUAAUGCGACCCCAAAUAAUGAUGAGCAGGAUACUGAUGAGGAUGAUAGUGAUAGCGAAAGUAGCAGUGAUGAUUCCGAUGAAGCUGAGGAGUCUGAAAAGGAAGACGUUGCGUUAGCGAAUGAUCCUGAAUCACGUCGCUUGCGUGCCGAAGCGCGUAUCUUGAAGCGUCAAGCGGACGCGGAAAAAAAAUGCACUACUGAUGAGCUACGUGCCGCCGUUGUCUGCGUACUUGGUCACGUAGACACAGGUAAAACAAAGAUAUUGGACAAGUUAAGACGCACCCAUGUUCAAGACUCUGAGGCGGGCGGUAUUACACAACAAAUUGGUGCAACCAAUGUGCCCAUCGAUGCCAUCAAAGAGCAAACAAAAUAUGUAAAAAAUACUGCUGGGUUUGAGCAUCGUUUGCCCGGUCUGCUUAUUAUAGACACUCCUGGCCACGAAUCUUUUAGUAAUCUGCGCAAUCGUGGUUCCUCCCUUUGUGAUAUUGCCAUUUUGGUGGUGGACAUUAUGCAUGGUCUAGAGCCUCAAACAAUUGAGUCUAUACAGUUGCUCAAAAAGAAAAGGUGUCCGUUUAUUGUGGCGUUGAAUAAAAUUGAUCGUCUGUAUGAUUGGAAAGUACUGGCGCGCAGAGAUGUGCGCGACGUAAUUAAGGAGCAACAAACAAAUACUCAACUGGAGUUUCAACAGCGAAGCAAGGAAGUUAUGUUACAGUUUGCAGAGCAGGGCUUGAAUGCAGCACUAUUUUAUGAUAACCCGGACCCCAAGACCUACAUCUCACUGGUGCCAACCAGCGCUAUUACUGGCGAAGGCAUGGGAAAUUUGCUUUUCAUGAUAACUGACUUUUGCCAAAACAUGCUGGCCAAGCGACUAAUGUACUCAGAGGAAUUGCAGGCCACUGUGCUGGAAGUAAAAGCGAUUCCUGGACUGGGCACCACAAUUGAUGCCAUUCUGAUGAACGGAAAAUUGAGGGAGGGUCAGACUAUGAUUCUUGCUGGCACUGAUGGACCAAUAACCACGCAGAUACGUUCGUUGCUAAUGCCCCAGCCAAUGAAGGAAUUGCGCGUAAAAAAUGCUUAUAUAGAAUAUAAGGAAGUAAAAGCUGCACAGGGUGUUAAGAUUGCGGCUAAAGAUCUAGAGAAAGCUAUAGCGGGUAUUAAUUUACUCAUCGCACACAAGCCCGACGAGAUUGAAAUAUGCAAAGAUGAGGUAGCCAGAGAGCUUAAAAGCGCUUUAAGCCAUAUAAAGUUGGCUCAAAGUGGUGUAUACGUACAGGCCUCAACCUUAGGCUCACUGGAGGCGUUACUCGAAUUUCUGCGCACAUCCAAAAUUCCGUAUUCCGCCAUUCGCAUUGGUCCUGUGGUUAAACGUGACGUUAUGAAAGCCUCUACAAUGCUGGAGCAUGAAGCGCAGUAUGCAACUAUUUUGGCAUUUGAUGUCAAAGUGGAACGCGAAGCUCAAGAAAUGGCAGAUACAUUGGGUGUCAAAAUAUUCCAGGCAGAUAUUAUAUAUCACCUGUUUGAUAAAUUUACCGCAUACAGAGAGGAGCUGAAGCAAAAGAAACGCGAAGAGUUUCGAUCUAUAGCCGUAUUUCCAUGCAAAUUAAAGAUACUGCCACAGUUUAUAUUCAAUAGCCGCGAUCCAAUUGUCAUGGGUGUUAUGGUAGAGAAUGGUAUUGUUAAAGUGGGUACUCCAAUUUGUGUGCCCAGCAAAGAGUUUGUGGAUAUUGGUGUAGUCACUUCAAUUGAAUUGAAUCAUAAGCAAUUGGAUUCAGCCCGCAAGGGUCAAGAGAUUUGUAUCAAGAUUGAGCCGAUUCCUGGUGAGUCGCCCAAAAUGUUUGGAAGACACUUUGAAGCUGAGGAUAUGCUUAUCAGCAAGAUUACCCGCCAGAGCAUUGAUGCCUGCAAGGACUACUUCCGCGAUGAUCUAAUCAAGGCCGAUUGGGCACUGAUGGUGGAGCUCAAAAAGCUUUUUGAAAUUUUGUAAAAUUCUUUAUAGUCAAUAAUGGACAACGACAAUGAAGAGCGUAUAAACACACACACUCAAAUUGGAUCUUUCAAAAAAAAUUAAGUACGAAAGUGUGCCAAUCCAUUUUAUGCUAAAUACAUAUAUGUUAUUUUUGUAUUCUUAUGAUUUGCAGUUUCAGUCGUCGGUUUUUCGCUUGCAAAAAA